CCAGUCCAUUCAAACAAAUAUGCCCUUGUUUUAUAAUGUUACGACGUCAGAGUGAGCACAUUACAAUGCACAAAGUUCAUAAUCUCCACAUGGCACGGGAAGCGCUCGACGUAAUGCCUCACUGAAUCAAUUUCGAACUCAACUCAACUGUGCGAUCGCACAUAGAGAGAGAGAGAGAGAGAGAGAGGGAGAAGAAGAAGAAGAAGAAGAAGAAGAAGAAGAAGAGUGAAGAAACAAGAGAUGUGGAGGCGCGCGACUCUACUUUCUUCACUGUUACCUUCAUCGAAAGCAUCGGUUCUUAACCAGAUGCAGGUAGCCUAUGGAUUGAAGAUUUGGGAAGCAUUCAGUACAGAUAUCUUGACACCGGAAAAAGGUCGAAUUCCCAAGAAAGAGAAACCUCCGUUCAUAACUUUUGUUUUGGGAGGCCCUGGUAGCGGAAAAGGUACACAGUGUGCUAAGAUUGUUGAGAACUUUGGAUUCACACACUUAAGUGCUGGAGAUCUGUUACGGAAUGAAAUAUCUUCCAAUAGUGAGAAUGGUGCCAUGAUUCUUGACACAAUCAGGGAAGGAAAAAUUGUUCCUUCUAAUGUAACAGUCAAACUGAUCCAAAGGGCAAUUGAAUCAAGUGAUAAUGAUAAAUUCCUCAUUGAUGGUUUCCCACGGACUGAAGAGAACCGUAGGACAUAUGAACGAAUUAUGCAGAUUGGAGCAGAACCGAACAUUGUGCUUUUCUUUGAUUGCCCUGAAGACGAGAUGGUGAAACGAGUGCUAAGCCGUAAUCAGGGGCGAGUUGAUGAUAAUAAAGAUACAGUCAGAAAGCGUCUUGAAGUGUUUACAUCUUUAAAUCUUCCUGUUAUCAACUACUAUUCUCAGAAAGGAAAACUUUACAAGAUUCGUGCUGUAGGAACAGAAGAUGAGAUAUUUGAACAAGUUCGCCCGAUUUUUGCUGCAGUUGAGGUGCUGAAAUGAACAGAAGUUGAAUGAGGUGAAGAAACGAAGAACCCUGUUGUUUUUCUGCAAAGACGAUAAUGGGGAUACGAACAAAUUUCAUUUUUGCUCUGCCACCAUCCCUAUCUCUCCUAACAGUCACUUAAAAUGGUGCACGUGUUGUAAUGAAAUUUGUGCAUCGUUUCAGCUCAACCUGGUUUGCAUGGUCCUACUGCAGGAAAGGUCCAUCUGAUAUCCGUUGCCUUUCAGUAAGAGCUAGAUAUAAUCUCAUUACAGUAUAUCCAUAAGAGGCAUUUUAUUUUGAAAGCUUUGUAUCCGAUGCAUUUCAAAUGCCAUGGAAUAAGGAAAUUUUGAUUUCCCUAACAUCUACAGAGUUUGUUUUCAUUAAUCUAUAUUGGUUCAUGAGAAGUAAUCUCAACAAACAAAAAAAAAAAUGGUAUAUCAGUUCAUGAUCCA